UGCUGUCUAAACAGGCGAUAUUUCAGAAUGAGGAGUGCUGCGAUUUUUCUGGCGUUGCUGCUCUGUCUGCAGUGGGUGACAGGGAAAGACACUGAGACAGAGGGAGAGAAAGAUGUUCAGUUUGAGAUACAGGGUGUCAGAGCAGCCCACGAUCAGAGCAGCAGACAGACCAACAUCACCCCUGACAUCUGGACUGAGCUGAAAGAGCUUAGAGACAUGGCCAUUGAACAAAAGGUGGAGCUGAGGAACAGCAAGAGCAAGAUCGAGAAGCUGGAGCAAGAGAACGCAGCUUUAGAGGCCAGAAUGAGCUCCACUGAAAACGUGGUCGAGCAGCUGCAGAGAGAGAAUAUUGAUCUUCUGGCAAGAGUAACAGCAAGCGAACAAAAGAACACAGUGUUGGAAACCAGAUUGAGCUCCAGUGAAAAUGAAGUGGAAGAGCUCAAGAGACAGAAUGCAGACCGUCCAAAGGUGGCAUUUUCAGUUGGUCUUACUGAUGCAGGACUAAUUGGACCCUUCAACACUGACAUAACACUGAAGUUCAGUAAAGUCUUCACCAAUAUUGGCCAGGCCUACAGCCCAACUACAGGUAUCUUCACAGCCCCAGCCAGAGGAGUCUACUACAUAAGAUUCACCAUGUGGGACAGCUAUUCUGCAGAUGUGAUGGGUGCAAAACUUUAUCACAAUGACAAGAUAAUGACGUGGAGUUAUGAUUACAAUGAUAGCCACGGUUAUGUCUCUGUGUCUAAUGCAUUAGUUCUUCAACUAGAAAAGGGGGAUGUGAUCUAUAUGGUCCUCGGCGCAGGCUACCGUAUUUAUGAUGAUUCACAUAACCGUACCACUUUAAGUGGAUUUCUACUUUUUGCUGUCUGACAUCACCUGUAAAACACCCAUAGUCAACUGCAUUAACUUUCAACAUCACACAAUUAAAAAUAUGUGUGCCAAUUAAAUCAAAGUAAA